UCUGAAUGGACAACGUGACAGUUUGAAUACGGAUCAUUUUGCCUUCCCCCCAAUGAUGAAUUUUCUGCUCAACUCAGGUCUUUCGAGCUCCGUACAACACGAUAUUAUGCGCCGUGUGGGACCACAGCCCUUGCCCUUAUAUAUAGGGCAUGGGCGUCAUGCCCACCGAUCGAGUCUACCUUUCCUUUUACUUCCCUGUCAAGGCUCAUAAAGACUGAGUGCUUUGUCCCUAUCUACUUGGUUCACUACCCCUACCACCUUUUCCGCAUUCCAGCUUAUUUAUACCCAGCUAUGCUUCUCCCUUCGGCCGUAGCGGAUCUUUCUGGGCAACAUGCUGCGCCCCCAAUUCCAAUGAACUCGCAAUACAAACCCCUGCCCCAACCCGCUCAGUCGACGGCGCCUCUCGUGCUCGUGGAGGGGUUCAUGUCGUACACUUCAGAGUAUUUCUGGGGCGACUUUGAAACGCAUUUAAAUGCUCACCGCGCUAGAAUAGGUAGCAAGAAGCGCCGCCACAUCAUGUUCGCUCGUGUGAGCCCCGUCAACUCGGUUCACGACCGUGCAUGCGAGCUUUUCUACCUUCUUCGUGGUGGAAGCGUGGAUUACGGCGAAGAGCACGCCAAGAAGCACAAACACAGACGAUUUGGACGACAUCAUUCCAUUGGACUAUAUCCAUCGUGGUCUGUGGAACACCCCUUGCAUUUCAUUGGCCACAGUAUGGGCGGCGUAACGGUCGUGAAGAUGAUGACUCUCAUGCGAGAUGGUUUCUUCGGGCCCGAUGUUCACUCGGACAUGGUCGCAUCCGUCACUAGUGUUGGUUCUCCCUUCCGAGGGACGCAACUUACUUACUGGAUGAUAGGUAUGAAUGAGUCGGGUAAGGGACAUCAUCCCAUUUCUUUGGCCUCGUUAAUUUCCAAAUUCGUUCAUGCUGCGACUUACUUCUCGCCUAUUCUGCCUUCGUCGUUGUUGCCUGACUUCUGCUGCGAAGCGCGUCCAGUCUCCAUGAGUGAAAUAUCGCCUGUCGAGUUCUUGAAGCAGUUAUGGAAAUCAGAUUGGAGUGGAGGCAAAGAUUGUAUCCCAUGGGACUGCACCUUUGAAGCCGCAGAGGAGCGCGACGAAGAAUAUCUGAGAACUGGGGCGUCCCUGGGGAAGACCUGGUACAGGUCGUACGUCACUACAUUCACGAAUCGUGCUGACCCCGUAGAACCAUACCAUGUGCCUUUCCUCCGCCGAAUAGCUUCUUCUCCUCCUAUGUGGUUGUCAGCUUUCAUCACUGGAGGUUACGACUUCUCCACCAUCCGUCCGGUCCCGUCCUUUCUUCGCCGAACCAAACCUUCUUCAUCUGAGUUUCCUUGCUCGCCUCCCUCUCCUUCGGGUUCUUCGAUAUCAUCUGCCUAUGACUCUGAAACCGAAUCUGAGUACUUCUCAGUCGACGAGGACUCAGACGCUGAAACCGUCACCGGCGAUACUCCUUUCCCCACUUCAUUAGCUAUGGAGAGGAUCCUCGAUGAAGAUGAGGCUACUGAAGGCGGAGAGCUCAAAAACCCAUUUGAACUAGGAGAGGCUUACUAUUCGAAUGAUGGUGUCGCUCCUGUGUUCUCACUGUGGCACCCUGGGUCAUGUUCUUCCGAGCAUUGCAUUCACUACCCACCACUCUCGGGCACAGCUCGCUUGCCAGUUGAUCAUCUGCGUGCCAAAUUAGUCCCGCGACCUGGUGUAUGGAACGUCGUCACAGUAGAGGAUGCCCAUCACUUGAGUUUGAUGCCGCUUUGGACGGGAAGUAAAAAGCAGCAAACCUUUUGGUAUGGAUUAGGGGAAUGGCUGGAGGAAGUCGAUCACGCAAGACAUUUUUUCGAUAUUAUGGAAGGGAAGCGAGAUACUAGGAUAACAAGUUCUCCUAGCGCAGUCCACCUGAAGAAAUUGGGAAAACAUCCUAUUGUUAUUUCGAACUAAAAAAAUCCUACCUCUAAACCAACAUUGCCAAGCGGCCAACCCACUGACAUCUCAGUAGCGGGCGCAAUUCCUGAACCUUCACCGUAUACACCACAAAAGAUCAUUCACACUUAAGUAUAACCACCAGAAACCUGGUCGACACUCUUUAGCAUAAUCUCUCCACAUUUCGUACACUAUCUUAUUCCUUUCGCUUCCAACAACAUCAUCACCUUCAUUCUAGUCUUACAUAAGGAUCCCCCCACACACUCGUAUGCAUCUCCAACUGUUGUAUCUCCACCUCUCAUUAUGGAUCCCAUUUAUCCUGGGCAAUUUGCUGCGCAAACAUAUAUGGCCAUUAGUUACUGGAAUAUAAUCCUUACUACUGUAUGUCUAGCAGUUAGGCGCCUAUAAGCCUGAAUGUGAAUCCCUUGCGUUGCAGGA